AUGAUUGAGAAUCGCCCGAAGGCCGGCGAAACCGAGGAGGACCUGCUGCGCCUACAAGCCGAAUUUGCGCAAUCUCAAAAGAAAUGCUCCGUUCAAGUGAAUCGCGUUCAGCGAGGCGCAGAGAAGAAGUCAAGUAGAACAGCUGAUCCGCCAGCAGCUUCCCAGCCACCGCCACCUCCAUAUGCGCAACGCCUUGGCGCCGAGCGAAAUUUCACGGAGGGCGGCCGCUUCACGCUGAAUCUGGACACGGUGGCCGAGGAGCACUUUCAACGUCAAGUGCUCUUCGGCGUCGAGGAGCGACACGCCGACAUCUUGACGGGCACCGAUCCGUAUUUGCGUUUUUCCACAGAAAUGGCGGCCGGCUACUCGAAGGAUGAUGGUUUUCCGGAGGUUCUGAAUCUGGCUCCAUACUACACGAAAAGUGGACCACGGCGUCAGCCAAUCGCUGGGCAGAGCUUCUUCGCCAGCGAAUUCGACCGUAUCCAUGGCAAAAUUCAAGAAUCCAUCUACAUCCCCGAUGAGGUGGCCUCAGAAGAGCAACCAUCAACCUCGGAACCUUUCGACGCCGAGAACCAGUCGCGCUUGGCGGCGAUGAGCCAGGAGGAGAUCAAGGCCUCGCUCAAGGAGAUCGAGGAGAAAUUGGACCCGAAGCUGAUCGAAUUUCUGCGAAGCCGCAGCAAAGCCAAGAGCGCCAGCCAACGCGAGGCGAAAGAGGACGCAAAACCAAAAAAAUCUCGAUUCAAGCAGCAGCGAGAAAAUUGCGUUCCGGAAGCGGAAACGAAGAGCGAGCCGCCAAUCGCGUCGAAGCUGUCCGACAUGGUCAAGCAGUUGGAGGUGCUCGAAGAGUGGCGGGAGGACGAGAACUAUCAUCGCUUGGCGGCGGAUGCCGUCCAGCUGGACUUGCUGUCAAAGUGCGCCCAAAAGGUGUUGCCCCGCCAAGCUCAGCAAGCCACCCGCCUCUUCGACACGCUCAAACCGGCACCAGGAAGUGAAAAAGUUGACGAUCCCCUGCUCCACAUGGCCCAAAAUGAGCUCGAGAACAUCAAGGAGCUGUACCUGGAGGAAGUACGCGACGGAGACAAAUCGGUGCUGCAAUUCGCCAACGGGCUCAACCCGGUGGUCGAUGGGGCUUGGAUGUUGCGACCGAUUCGAGCCGUGCUCGACGCGAUGCAGGCUGGCGAGAGAACAGCAACCCCGGAAGACGUGGAAAUCGUUCGAUUGGCGCUGCUGUGGACAUUGCUUCUAUUCAGUGAACGGCCGACGCUCUUCCAUACGAUGGUCGACCCGAACGAUUUGUACGUGCGGCUGAGCGAGACGUUUUUGAUAGGACCGGAAGUGUUCACGGAUAGCGUCAUCGACGAGAUUCUGGCCCGACUCUUCACCGGUUUUUUGCUGCCGUUGGCUGAGAAGGGACGGCUGAUGUUGCGGCUGGAGAAGCCGGUGGCCGGUCUUGAUGCUUUUAUGCCGUU